AUGAAGUUCCCCCAGAUCUAUAACGUCUAUGCAAUAUGUGGCUUCGCAGCUCUUGGUGGCAUUCUCUUCGGCUUUGAUAUCUCAUCCAUGUCGGGUGCUCUUGGCACUCCGGCGUACAAGCGCUACUUUGGCAAUCCCAGCGGAACUCGCCAAGGUGGUAUAACCGCUGCUAUGCCUGCUGGCUCGCUCUUGGGAGCUCUCUCCUCUUCUUUCAUCGCUGAUCGGCUCUCACGUCGCGUGGCUAUCCAGAUCGCUGCUCUUAUCUGGAUCAUUGGAGCAGUCUUCCAGGCAGCGGCCAAUGGUGUCGCUCUCCUUUGUGUCGGUCGAGCAGUUGGCGGAUAUGCCAUUGGUAUCUGCUCCGCUAUGGUUCCCGUUUACCAGGCAGAAAUUGCGCCCAAGCAAAUUCGUGGCCGUGUCGUUUCACUACAGCAAUGGGCUAUCACUUGGGGUAUACUGAUCCAAUACUUCAUCCAGUACGGAAGUUCCUUCGUAGAUGGAGGCGUUGACAACCCGAACCAAGCCACCGCUGCCUUCCGUAUUCCAUGGGGUAUCCAAGCCGUUCCCGGAGCAAUUCUCUUUAUCGGGUUCUUCUUCUUUCCUCGAUCCCCACGUUGGCUAGCUUCAAAAGACCGCUGGGAGGAGGCCCUCCAUGUUCUUGCCAACCUCCACGGUGGUGGCGAUGUCAACCACCCCAAGGUUCUCGCUGAAUACAAGGAGAUCGAGGAGGCUCUUGCUUUCGAGCGUGAGGUUGCUGAAACUAGCUUCGCUGCUCUUGUCAAACCCCGCAUUCUCAAGCGUGUUAUACUCGGCAUGUCCAUUCAGAUGUGGUCACAGCUUUGCGGUAUGAACAUCAUGAUGUACUACAUUGUGUUCAUUAUGCGCGGAGCUGGGAUCGCCGAUGAGCUCCUCACUGCAUCCAUUCAGUACAUUAUCAAUGUUGCCAUGACUCUCCCGGCUAUCCUAUACCUAGACAAGUUCGGUCGUCGCCCAGCGUUGCUCUGCGGAUCCUUUGGAAUGGCUGUUUGGCUCUUCACCACGGGCGCUCUCCAGGCCUCUUACGGCAACCCCAAUCCCGACAAAUCCGACAAGGAUAUCUCCUGGGUCGUACCUCGUGAGCACAGCGCUGUUUCCAAGGCCAUCGUAGCAUGCUCAUACCUCUUUGUCGCUACGUUUGCCACCACUUGGGGACCCGUCUCCUGGACUUACCCAUCUGAGAUCUUCCCCGCCAAGGUCCGCGCCAAAGCCGUCAGUCUCGCUACUGCCACAAACUGGACCUGGAACUGUAUCCUCGCUUUCGCCGUCCCACCACUUCUCUGGUCCAUCAACUGGAAGAUGUACAUGAUCUUCGGUACCUUCAACGCUGUUGCGUUCAUUCACAUGUUCUUGACCGCACCAGAGACAAAGGGCAAGACACUUGAGGAGAUGGACGACGUCUUUGAUUCUGGUCUGCCUGCUUGGAAGGCUGGAAAGGUUGAGUCGCGUCUUGACCGCGUUGCCCGUGAUAUUGAGGACGGAAAACUCAAGGUUGGUCACCACGGCCACGUUGAGGAUGUCAACGUCGAGGCCAAGGUCUAG